ACGUCAUAGGUAGCAAUGCUUAAAUAACUCAAAACAAUUUACUUGCAAAAGUUAAGGAUUCAAAAUGUAAUUUGGCAAUGCAUAAUGCAUCAUUCCUAUGAUUUGAAGUUAACAUAAAAUAAACAGAGCCAUCUAUUGACAUAUUACAGUUACCUAUGUUUUAAUAGAAUUCUUAUAUUAAAUGUACAGGUUCGAAACGUCAUCUGCUAGCCCAUUUAAUGCUAAGCUGUAAAGAGCGCAUCCAAUCAAUAGGUUUUAUAGAGGGCGCUACUCAUAUCUCGCGCAGUCAAGUGCCGUACUAUUUAUCAAUUUAAGUGAAUAUAAAUGAAAAACAUAGUUUAUACUUAAAUUUGCAAAUUUUUCUGGAUAUAAAUUUACGUAUUAAAUACCUUGUAAGACACCUUACAUUUUUCUUUUUUUUUUUACACAAUCAUGAACAUAAUUGGACAUCAAUUGAUGUAGAUCAGGGUCAAACAAGCUUGGACUUUUCAUGAGAAAAUUAUCAUGGCGCCAUCUUACGUAUUCGCUGUCAACUUCGGUCAAAUUUAGUGAAGUAAAACUGUGUAGAGUCGUGUUGAAGUCAAGUAAUUGAAAUACAAACUACGAUAUUUUGAUUUUCACUCGAUGAGAUAUAUAUACUGCAAAUAUAACCUAUAAUGAAAAAACAUUGAAACCGCCGCUAUGUCGGAGUUAAGGCAAGUGAAAGUGGAUAACUGGGGAAUUUAUUUCCUCCAAAGGUUAAAACAUUUCUUUAACCGCACUGACUAUUGUGAUUUAACGCUACAAUUCCAAGACAACGCACAGUUGAAAGUCCACAGACUGGUUUUAAAUGCUUGUACAGAAUAUUUUGAAGUUUUGGAGAGAACAUGCGAAAUGUAUGAAGAUUGUCUCGUGAUGCCGGACGAUCUUCAGGCUGAUGUCGUUGUACCUAUAGUGAACUUCAUGUACACUGGACAAUUAGAGUUCAGGUUGGAUUUACUUGAGAAACUUUACCAAACUUCUCUCAUUAUGAAAAUGCCUGUGCUAACUAAACUUCUGAAAGCUCACCGUGCCAGUCAGAAUCCACAGUGCUAUGCUCCAAAACAUAAAAGCUCUGAACCUACUCCAUCUACUAGUAAUAAACGCUCAUAUGGUAAAGCUUUUGACAACAAGAGUGCAUGCAAAGAGAAAAAAGUAUAUAAACCUGUGAAUAUAAAUAAAGAAAUAAUGUACCGUCCAUCAUCUCCUUAUAUACAAAAUAAAAAAAAUCUAAUGACAGAUCCAAAACCUACAAGAUAUGAGCUAUCAGAAGAGUUUGAUGGUGAUGGGGUGUUUGACAGUUCCUUCUGUAACAUAUCCUAUACAUCUCAACCGUUGAUGGUACAUCCUGACACUAAGAAGCGUUACUCUAAAAAAAGUGGUCUGUUCAAUAAUUCUUCAAGUGAUAGUAAACACACAACAACUUUAGACAUUAUAGAAUGUAAGAAAAGUGUUGAUAACAUCUUUGAAGAUAAUUACUUGGAGAGUGGUAUACUUGAUGAAAAUGAGAUGUUCCAAACAACAUAUUUAAAGAAGAAUAAACCAAUUAUGGACUCCAAUCAACUCUUUGAUCAGAUUUUAGAUCAGAAUGAUGCUCCUAAAAUAACAAUAGACACUAAAAACAGUAAAGUAUCUGCAAAUCUUGAUCAUGCUAAAAUAAUAAGUGAAGUUUUAAAGAAAUACUCUCAUUUAUUGAAAGGUAGUAAAAAUAUCAAAUUGAAAAUAUUAAACACUCCAAACAAAAAGAAGCAAUCCACUGUUCGUGAACAGAAAAAUUCUCAGCAGAAAGUUGAAAGACAUGAUUCUAACUUCACCUAUGAGACUGAUGUCAUAGAUUCAAAGCAUGCAGCUAAGUUAAUAGCAAUGGGGGCAGAGAACAUUAAUGGACCUUGGAUAUGCCUUAUAUGUGGAACACCAGGCAAAGCAUUGCAUUUUAUGUCAUAUUAUAAAUUCCGAAGACAUCUAGUUGAAGUGCACAAUGAAAAACCAGUAGUCAAUAUAUGUGAAUAUUGUGGAUAUAAGGCAUUAAAAAGAAAUUAUCAUCUUUACCAUCUAUAUACAAAACAUGGGAUUGAGCCACCACCAACAUAUAAUUUCCCAAAAUGUAAUCAAUGUAAUUAUGUAGCUAUGGGUGAAGGAUAUUUAAUGAAACAUAAGUUAACACAUUCAACUGUGAGCUUUCAGUGUAAUGUUUGUGCUACACACUUUAGUUCAUCAAAUUUACUUCUCCAGCACAUUCAAAGGACAGGUCACAAAUAUUCUGCUGAUAGAAAACACAACCUUCAAUGUAUGUAUUGCCUAAAAGUCUUCUUACGUGAAAGCAGCCUAUAUAAUCAUCUGAAAACAUGUCACAAAAAAGAGGAUAAAUCGAGUGGCAUCAUUGAUGACUCAGAUGAAGAAAAAUCAAAAGAUAAAAAACCUAAAUUGGAGUUAGAGAUUGAGAUUCCCCCAGUUCGUUCACAUGACUAUGAAGAAGUUAAUGUACACUAUCAAAUUCAACCAGACGGAAAUAUCCAUGUUAUUCCUAAUGGUGAAAUAAAAGCACCUUUAAAUCAGAAGCAUAAAAUACUUAAUCCUGAAUUCAACUUAGUUAAACCCAAACAAAUAUACAAAGAAAACAGUAACAUAAUUAACAAUGUUACUACGUCUCUGCAAAAAGGUCAUGUUCAAGAAGACAAUAGUAAUGUUAUUACAAAUGAAGAAAUUGUUAUGAUAGAUGACAGAGAGUACAUCCUGAAAGAUAAUCAGCUUAUACCAAGAUCAACCAAAAAUGCUGAACCAGAAUUCAUCAUCCCAGAAAUGUUGCAUUCAGAACCAGUGCAACAAACAUCUACCUCUACAACUCAGUUAGACUAUACAAAUUUAAUAGAAACUGUAAAUGAAUCUAAUGUCAUCCUGAGUAAGCAAACAAACUUAAAUCAACCCAUCCAGUUUGUUGUUUCUAAUGAAGAAGAAUAUAAAGCAUUAAUGACUGCAAACCAUCCAAUUCUUUUUGAUAAUGGUGAUUCUAACAAAACGUUAGCUGUUUUAUCCAACCCCCACACCUCCAAUGUAGAAUCAACGAGUAUGGAACUUGACAACACUCAGUCAAAUGAUAUAAUGAUCAUACAAGAAAAUUACCCAUUAAAUGUAACAGAGUCAGUUGUAACGGACAAUUCAAACAUAGUAGUAGUUUAUAGCCAUCCUGUUGAUAGCACAAACAAACAAUUCCAAAUUCUGACUACACAAGGAAUAGGAACACAGUUAAUACAAUCAUCAGCUAUAAUUACGCAAAACUUCGAGACUGUCACUACUACUGCACCGGUCAUGAAUGCUCACGUAAUUGAGAGUCAAGAAUGGGAAAAUGACAUAACUCCAAUGCCUGUUAGUAACAAACCAAAUGCUGACUUAGAAAAAACUGGACAAAAUACACCUCAAAUGACAUCUCAUCAAAGUGUAAUUGUUUCGCCUGAGGUUCAAGUCCCCCCUAAACCACCUUCACCAGUAGAUAUGGAUGUAGAAGAAACCAUACAAAGUAAAUUAAUAAAUGAGCCAAUUCAGGAAAAUAAUGAAAAAUGCACACAAAGUGAGACAUUGCCGGCUACAACAAUUACACCCAUUACAGAUUCAAGCAAUCCUACUCAAGGGACGAUAGUGGAAAACAUGAUCAUCAAUGAACAGCUUACAGAAGAAUCAAGUGAAAAUCUUCCUACAGUUGAAGAAAAUCUAGAGAAUAUUGAUAAAAAUUCAACUAAAUCAAAACUUAUUCUAGAUUGUAAUACUAAAAUGGGAUUAAAUGAUAUCAGCGAAAACCUCAUAGACAAAGAAGAGAAUAUUUGUAGUCCAACAUUUACACAACAAACAGAUUUAAGUUUAGAAAAUAAUGUUGAUUCUAUAAGUCAAGAUUCAGCUGAGGAAAUUGUACAAUGUGAAGUAUCACUGUCUGCGCAAGCAGUACCAAAAGCAGCUGAGGAAAAAAUUCAAAUAUUGACAUCAGAAUGGUCAGAAGAUGAGUACGAUUCUCCACCAGCAAUCAAUGAUAAUAAAGUAAUUUGUGAAGACUCUAAAGAGAUAUUAACAAAAUCAACUGAAACGCCUCAAAAUAUUGAAGAGGGAACUGUGAACACUGAGUCUCUCUUACCUGAAAAUUUAAAUGAGCCAACUGAAUCUGCAAAACCUGAGAGCCCAAACAAACAAACAACUAAAAUUCCAAAUGAUAACAUAUCAUCUCUGCUAAGUGACUGGGAAGACUCGCAAGAAGAUUUGAGUAGCAAUGACGAAAAUAUUGAUAAUAUAUUACCAAAAGAGUAUGAAGAAAAAUUGCGAAAUGAUUUACCCGAUUACAAUAUACAAAAUAUUGAUAGAGGUUUACCCAAUCUGAAUGAUGAGAAAGAUGAUGAGGAUCUAAUAAAAGUUAGCAAAGAAAAGGUACAUAAUGACCUAACAAACGCAGAUGAGAAAACAGAUAUUUGCUUGACAAAAGACAGUGAAGGAAUAUCUGACAGUGGUCUGCCAAAAAGGAACAGGGAAGAAAUGGGUGACCCUUUACAUGUUAAGCAAAUCGAAAAUGUAUUAGCAAAUAUAAAUGAAGGGAUAGUUUCCACUGAAUGUAAUAAUCGUACAGAAAAAGUUAUUCUAGAUGAACCAAAUAGUGGACUUUUAGAAACAGCUGAGAAAAAAGCUUCACAUGAUCCUGCACCAGAUAAUGAAACCGAUAAACCAGAUGACAAAAUAAAAAGUUUAGUCAGUGAUUGGGAUGAUGACGAUGAGGAAAGUAAAAUCAAUUAAUACUUAGCAUCGAACUUUGGGGCUGAGUUCAUACAUAAAAUAUGUACUAUGUAGUAUAAUGCUUAAAUUAUAGAAUAAAUAAUGAGAUAUUUGUUAUACAAGAAAAUAUAUUUCACUUUUUAUCAAAUCAAGUCCCAUCAAUGUUAUUCUUAAAGUAUUAAUAUUAUGAUUAGUUAAAUAAUAGUAAUUAGUUUGAAAUAAGUACUAAAAAAUCAUGCACUAAAUAAUUAAGUAAUACCUAAAAUUAUAUGGUAACCAUAUUGCUACUGGCUGAAUCUUUUUCUGAACCUAGUAUGCUGUUUAAAAAAAAAUUAAACAUUGCAAUGAUAUUUUUUGUAUUCUUUUUCCAAUGGUUGUCUUGCAUUUAACAUUUAAUUCUAUUGUAAAAAUAGCACCAGUUUGGUAUAUAGUGCAUUCAAAUAACUAGUUCUAGCUGGUUUUUAUUUUUAAAAAUAUGUAUAUUAGAUUAAGCUUGGUGAUUGUAAAUUAGACUAAAGAAUUCUAACUUUUACACAAUUGUAUUUAUCUGUAUAAGAGGACCAUGAAACGAAACCAUUGUGAUUAAAAAUGUGUAUAAGUCCUUCAUCAUGAUCUGUCAAGUUAUAAAUAUAAAAGCUAACUAUGAAGGUAACUAAAAGCAAUAUUACAUAACCGGUCUAUAAUAUAGAGUAUUUGCUUUAUAGUAAAAUUAAAGAUCGAUGUAAUUAAGUCUAUACGCCAAUAAAAUUUAAAAUAAAAA